AAAUCGUUAGCGAAUACGAGGUAACCCAAAAAAGAGAUCCAAAUACGAGCGAAUUAUUGCACGCGCCACCGUCAUUGAAGUUGACAGACGAUGGAGCAGCCGAGCAAGGACGGAGUAGGAAAGAAAGAGAUAGCGGAGGCAGAGGAGAGGAAGGGUUCGGGUCAGGGAACGGAUCCGAGUUCGAAUCCGGAUGCAAAAUCAAGCGAAUCGAAUGAAGAAGACAGAAAUGAAAAACAAAAUUUGGAAAAUAAUGCUAGUAGUAAGAGUAAUGGUAUAGUAAAUGAGAAUAUUAAUAGCAAUAAAUUCGAUAAUAAUGACAGCGAGAAUAAUGAGAGUGGUGGCGGAAGUGGAAGCGAUAAAUCGCCGAGUCCGUUAAAUAGCAAGUUGAAGAAAUCGGUGCGGUGGAGCGAGGAUUUGGUGUCGGAAUCGCCGAGGCCGAGGUCCAGUACGCCGUCGUAUUCUGAAGAACGUAGCGGAUCCAAUCCCUACGUCGCUUAUUCCGCCGCUCCUUCCGAUAGUAAUUUGUCCUCCAUAGAUAUCAAAAGUAAAAUGGAGAGUGCAAAAGAUGUGUUGGGGAGAUGGGCGAGGAAUGUCAAGGAAGCAACAAAGAAGGCGGAAGACCUGGCGGGAAACACUUGGCAACAUUUGAAAACUGGCCCCAGUCUUGCUGAUGCUGCCCUGGGAAGAAUUGCACAGGGAACUAAGGUUCUGGCUGAAGGUGGCUAUGAGAAGAUAUUUCGUCAAACUUUUGAGACAGUUCCUGAAGAGCAACUUCAGAAUUCAUUUGCUUGUUAUUUGUCCACAUCAGCGGGGCCAGUGAUGGGUAUUUUAUAUGUGUCUACUGCAAAGCUUGCAUUUUGUAGUGACAAUCCUCUAUCUUAUAAGUCUGAUGAUAAGACUGAGUGGAGCUAUUACAAGGUGGUGAUACCAUUACAUCAACUUAAAGCAGUUAACCCUUCAUCAAGCAGAAAUAAUCCUUCAGAGAAGUAUAUCCAGAUUAUAUCUGUUGACAACCACGAAUUCUGGUUCAUGGGCUUUCUAAACUAUGAUAGAGCUGUGAAGUGUUUGCAGGAGGUAUUACAAACGCACCAGUUACAAGUUGUAUGAUACAAGCUGUAUGAAUUCUGCUAAUUCUGUCAAUUUUGAACUACCUUAAAGGAUGUAGUCCAUAUAUUCGGUUUCAUUCUCAACUUGAAGUGGCUUUAAGAGACAAAAAGCUUAGUGUCUUUCAGAGGAUGGACUCGUCUGGUAAAUUAGAAGUGAAAAGCAGUAGCUACAGAACUUUUUUCAUGGAAUAUUUUGUGAGGAAUGAAACAUCUGGGGUACAUGAACCAUAUAUUGUUUGCUUCUGGUCUGCAUGACUCCAGCUGCAUGGAACUACUCGUUUGGCAAUCACUUUAAUAGUAUCAGGAAGAAACAGAUAUCAACCUCACAAUCAUUUAAAGGACUUGUAAGUUUUCAGAACUUCGAUUUUGCAAUUCUUGAUGCGGUUUUGAAGCU